AUGGUGAGGAUGGAGCAAGAUAAUAUCUUAACAGCGUCCGCCAAACGAUUCGUCACUAAUGCUUUGGACGCUGUUCGGGUUCGCUUUGUUGCCUCUAGUCAGUUGAUAGUUACUAGCAAUACCCAUCUUUCAAAGGAGGACGACGUCAUGGCAAAAAUUAAAGAUCAACUCCCCAGUGAUCAGAUGGGCAUGAUGGUUGAGUCGAGCGAUGCGUUUCAAGUGCUUCUAUCUAAGCAGAAGAAUAUGAAGCCGUUCGGAGACCUGAUUUUAAAGCUGAACUCAGCUGAGGAUCCUGCUGAUAAUUUCGUGUAUCUACGAGAUUACGUUGAUUGCGUUAACUGCUCAAAACUUCCCGAGUUUGCUCCGGCCAAGCUCAAAAAUGGAUUCACUGAAGAUAUGAGAAUUGCUGCACUCAAUAAGUUGAAAAUAACGAAGCGUCAGUCACGUCGAGUUUAUGAAAUUUUGCGUCUCAAAUGUACAAAUAUGAAGGAUGCUGCGGAGGCCAAGGCGUAUAGGCUGGAUGUCAAACGAAGACUCGAAGCCCCGAUGAGGAGAAAUGAGCGAGAUUGGAAAAAGAUUCAGCGUGCUCUUGAUGAUAAUGAAUAUGCUCAGGGAAGGAUGGAUGAGUUCUCAUUUCCAUUCCCACCCUACAACAUACAACUUGAUCUUAUGCGAGAAAUAAAACAAUGCAUUGAGAAGGGACAGGUUGGAAUUUUCGAAUCUCCGACUGGGACGGGUAAGUCGUUGAGUGUCCUAUGUGCCACAAUGACAUGGCUAGAGGAGUUCGAGAAAAAGACCGAAGAAGAUCUAUUAAAGCAGUCGCGCCUCACAGAAGAGGUCAGCGAUAAUGAAGAUUGGAUUUUGGCUCACAAGAAAAAGUUGGAAAUAAUGAAGAUCAAGGAUGAAGCGUACGAUAAACUGCAAUUAUUGGAGAAGGUCAAGGAGAAAUUGUACCAGGCAAAGGCUGGUGUAAUAAAGCGAGACAGGAAGAGACGUUUGCGCGAUGAAGGAAAUUCGGAAGAGCUGGAACCAGAGAACGAUGCUGCACAACCUCUUAAAGCUGUUAAAGUGUUCUAUGCAUCACGCACACAUUCGCAGUUGGAACAAUUGAUGGAUGAACUGAAAAAGACCAGAUUCUCUCCCAGAGUUGUGACAGCAGCAUCACGUCAAACACUGUGUGUCAAUGAGGACGUCAAGAGACUGAAGUUCAGUCAUCUUAUAAAUGAAAGAUGUAUGGAACUUCGAAAAGGAUGCGCUUUAGAAGGAAAGAGAGUAAAAUUGGACUUAAAAGAGAAUCCAUCCACUGUAAAGAAGGCAGCAAGCAAAUGCCCCUAUUAUAGGGGUGAUGCUAUCGAGGAGCUAUCAAAUGAGAUACUAGCAAGUGCUCUUUGUAGAACAAGCGAGUUUUCGUUCCUUGCUACCAUUGGAUUUCAUAAAUUAAAGGAGGAGAAGUUAAGUAGAGUCAGUGUCGAGAAAUUCCAGGUGGUCGAUCGUGGAAAAGAGUUGCUUGGGUGUCCUUACUUUUCCACACGACUUUCUCUGCCACUCUGUCAGUUGGUAUUGCUUCCUUACCAGGUACACUUCUCGUUAUUGUUGGGAUUGACAGAAGUGAAUCUCUUCAAGAUUGUGCACUAUAUGGAGUCAACAGAUAUGUGCAGGAAGUUUCACGGUUUCUUUAUUCGCUCGAUGAAAUCCCGCGUUUCCGUAUCGCAGUCGUCCACUUCCAAGAGCGGAAUCGGCAAGCUAAUGGCGGCUAAGAAGUUG